UGAUAUAUCGUACAGUUUUGCAAGCGGCAUUUUGCCAUAUAAAGUGCUUUAUUUACUAGUAUUUUUUUUUCGUUUACAAACAUCAUUAAUUAAUAUCAUUUUUAAAUACAGUUCUAAUUAGGAAUUGAAGGACAUCAAAUCAUUUCCUGUUUAUGUCUAUUCAUUUCUGAGAAAAAAUGGGUGAUCAAGAUCAUGAAAGUGGUGAACGAGGUGAUGGCGAUAAUGUUAAACCUGAUAAAUUAUUUUCUUUAAAAAAAUGGAAUGCAGUUGCUAUGUGGAGUUGGGAUGUUGAAUGUGAUACAUGUGCUAUUUGCCGAGUUCAAGUAAUGGAUGCCUGUUUGCGAUGUCAAGCUGAAAGUAAAAAGGACUCUGAUGGUCGUCAAGAUUGUGUCGUAGUUUGGGGUGAAUGUAAUCAUUCAUUCCAUUAUUGCUGCAUGUCAUUGUGGGUUAAACAAAAUAAUCGCUGCCCACUUUGUCAACAAGAAUGGUCCAUUCAACGAAUGGGAAAAUGAUUUGUUGUGACAAGUGAAAUGUCACUACUUUAUAAAAUCCUCAACUCACCAAUUUUUUAACAAGACUAUUUUCUUUUUUAAAUUCAAAUACUAUAAUUUUCUAACUCAUUUCAGUGAUAAAAAUUUAUUAGAACAUUUAUAAAAAGUUAUAGAAUGGUAUAAUUAAUUUAGCUUCAACAAUUAGUAGAUAUUUGCUUAGUUUUAGAAUUUUUCUACAAAUAUAAAUAAGAUUUCAUUAUUAUAUUGAUUGAAAAUCCAAUAAAACUAAGUAUUUAUUUUGUUUUUAAAUCAUAAUAAAUAAGUAAAAUUAUAAACACA